UAAUUUUUAUAUUCAUUCCUAACUUUUUGCCAACUACCCAUCAAUCUCCAUCUCUCAUAUACCAACCUCUGAAACUUAGAAAAAAGGAAUCGGAUAAAAAAAUUAUACAAUCAUUUCCAUCCUUGAGAAGGCUAUCUGAUCCACCAACAAUGGCGAAGAGUAACUUAUCAUUGCUUGGCCGCCUAAGGACGGCGGUGAAGAAGGUGAAGUUCUUGCUCAACUUCAAUGUCAAUCGUUGGCGUCUAGCUUCAAUAAUCGGCGCGUCGUCGAGCAAGCGCCGGCUGAGCUUCAACGACAACAAGCCUGGCUUAAGGGCAUAUGUCGAGUUCGAUACCGACUCCGAUGAAUCAUAUUCUCCGGCAAGCGGACUUUACAGAACCACAAGCUACCAGUCCGAGGAUGAUAUUGAUAAGAAAGCCGAAAUGUUUAUUGCUAAUUUCUACCGACAACUUCGGAUUGAGAGACAGAUUUCUUUGGAUCUCAAGUACUGUCGGGGGAACAGCUUUAAUAAUUACAUGUCUCCGUAACCCAUCUGUCUUUUUUUGAAAAUCUUUGAAGAUUGUUGCCUACGAAUAUACGAAUCAGGUUUCGUUUGAUUGGUAAGUAAGAAAAAUCAUCAGGGGUGCUCGAUGUUUUAAUUCGGUGAUGGGGGAGCCUUUGACUUUUAUUAGAGGGUUUCCUGUUUGGAGUUUUUGGAUUUGUUUGGUUGCUGAGAAAGUUGAAAA